AUGAAGGCUUGUCCAAAGUGCAAGUCUAACCAAUAUACGAACCGAGCUCUUGUUAUGAUGAUCAAUGAAUGCGGUCAUCCUUUGUGUCAGAACUGUGUAGAUAAUAUCUUCGCCAGAACUGCCAAUAGAUGUCCUUACGAUGGGUGUGAGAGGGUGUUGAAGAAGAACAGUUUUUGGGUUCAAGUGUUUGAUGAUCCGAGGAUUGAAAAGGAAAACUUUAUCAGGAAGAAGGUUACGAAGGUGAGGGAUGUUACGCUUGAUUAAAAAUUGGUUUUUAAAACUCUUAUGUCUAAUUCUUAUCAGAAACGGUAAAUAACACUUAUUUCUAGGUGUACAACUUUAUGGAAGACAAUUUCGACACUUUACAAGAGUACAACGACUACUUAGAGCACGUAGAAGAGCUGGUUUGGAAACUUGUUCAUGGUGAAGAUGUUCAAGCUGUAGAAGAUGAGAUUGCUGAGUUUAAGGACAAGAACAUAGAUCAAAUUGAACGGAAUAAACGACGCUUGAAUCCUGAUGAUCAAUGGAUCAAAGAAGUUUUGGAUGAAGAAGCGAAAGCCGCAGCUCUGAAGCAAACUGAUCCAGCUAAUGAUGUGAGUUUAUUUUUAUUGUUUUUGAUGUUUAGGGGGUGCUGAAUACUUGGUUAGCAGAAGGAAGGUUAGUCUAUAGGAAGAUAUUCUGGCUGCAACUGCAAUUUUUUUGAAUAUUUUGUAAAAUCAGAUGUUGUAGUAGCUAAUUUUCUGUUUAUGCUGAGAAAAUCUUGAAAAAACUAAUGUUUACUUUUAGUUGAACUCAAUUUUGGAAGAAAUCAACAGCAAACCAAGAUCUAUUAUCAGUGAGCUCCGAGAUUCCGAUUUGCCAGCUGAAAUGAUACUGGAUAGGGAAAGAAAGGUUCAAAUAGAAGCGGAACUGGCCGAAAAGGAGGAACGAGAAAGGAAGAAGAAGGAAAAGUCAAGUAAGCAUUACUUUUUUAAUUAUUUCUACAGCUUUUUAUUGUUGUUUUAAGUUUGUUUUGCUAUGUUAAUAUUAAUAGAAGAGUAAUCUGUGUGCUUGUUAGAUCUAUCUUCUUGUUUCUGGGGUUUAUGUUAAUAUUAACAUGAAAUUUUUGUCUAAAUUAUGAAAAUACUCUACUUCAACUUACAUUGACUUCAAACACAUUCAUUUUUAGGUCGUCGUCGCGUAACAGACACAGCUUCAUUCGGAGUAAUCAGAGUGGCAGGAGCUGCUUAUGUUCACGAGCUACCUCAACUUCCGAUCAAUGGUCCAGCAGUGCCAUUGUUGGAGGAUAUGGCCACAAUUGGCUACCUUCAGAAUGUCCGAAGACCUAACGAUGCCUCUUUGGCCGGAGGAUUCAGAUCCGAAUUGGCUUGUGCUCGCGCUUUGUUCGAACUGCGAUGGGAUUUCAAUUUGGUUGGAUAG